AAAUCGUAAUGUAUUUGUAUAAAAACGAAUAAGAAAAAGUCGUAUAAUUUGCAAUAAAUGCUUUAAAACGCAGUUUAACCGCACGCAAAGCAGUGACAAACGCUUAACGUACAUGGCGCAACAAUUACGGUAUUGAACUUUGGUUAGCAGCAGCUCAAGCAGCGCUGUAAAGUAUUUUACCUCGCGACAACGAUACACAUACACACACUCCUACACAAGAUACCUAACGCCCGCUGGCCUCCCCACUCUCAUCGAUGAAAUAACAUACAUAACGUAUACCGAAAAUACAUAAGCUUGCGCUAAAAUAACGGAGCCAAAGACAGUGGCAACAGCAACAGUAGUAAACAGUGCGAACGCUGGUAAGGCAAACAGAUAAGAAAACAGACGACGACAGAGCCACGGCCAACGGAGCCCCCAGACACAGGUAUCAAUAUCAGCGCAAAUAGCAGCAGCAGCAGCAGCAGCAACAACAACCACGUUAGCAGCAGCCGCAGCAGCAGUUGAGAGCCUCUGCGCAAUAUGUCCGACAUUGACAGCAUAAUCUCGCGCCUGCUGGAAGUGCGCGGCGCACGUCCAGGCAAAAAUGUGCAACUGUCAGAGAGUGAAAUACGCAGUUUAUGUUUGAAAUCGCGUGAAAUAUUCCUAUCACAGCCUAUACUGCUGGAGCUGGAGGCGCCACUAAAGAUCUGCGGUGAUAUACAUGGACAAUACUACGACUUAUUGCGUCUAUUCGAAUACGGUGGCUUUCCGCCAGAAUCGAACUAUCUAUUCCUGGGCGACUAUGUGGAUCGCGGCAAGCAGUCGCUGGAGACGAUAUGUCUGCUCUUGGCAUACAAAAUCAAAUAUUCAGAGAAUUUCUUUUUGCUGCGCGGCAAUCACGAAUGUGCCAGCAUCAAUCGCAUCUAUGGUUUUUAUGAUGAGUGCAAACGUCGUUAUACCAUCAAGCUGUGGAAAACAUUUACGGAUUGCUUCAACUGCCUGCCCGUGGCUGCCAUUGUGGAUGAGAAAAUCUUUUGCUGUCACGGCGGUCUGAGUCCCGAUUUAUCAUCCAUGGAGCAAAUACGACGCAUUAUGCGGCCCACAGAUGUGCCCGAUCAGGGUCUGUUAUGCGAUCUGUUGUGGUCCGAUCCAGACAAGGAUACCAUGGGCUGGGGUGAGAACGAUCGUGGCGUUAGCUUCACAUUUGGCGCAGAGGUUGUGGGUAAAUUUCUACAGAAGCACGAAUUCGACCUCAUAUGUCGUGCUCAUCAGGUUGUGGAAGAUGGUUACGAGUUCUUUGCCAAACGUCAGCUAGUUACGCUAUUCUCAGCACCCAACUAUUGCGGUGAAUUCGACAAUGCGGGUGCCAUGAUGUCUGUGGAUGAUACAUUAAUGUGCUCCUUCCAGAUAUUAAAGCCCGCAGAUAAGCGACGAUUUGUUUAUCCCAACUUUGGCAGCUCAGGGCGUCCCUUAACACCCCCACGCGGCGCCAACAAUAAGAAUAAGAAGAAAUAAGCAAUGAAUUAAUGCAGCAACAAAUAAAGGCCACACACAGCAACAAAAACAACAACAGCAGCAACAACAACAAGAAAAGAAAUGAGGAAACCAAUUUAAGCGCAAAGAUGUUUGUUUAUUUUUUUUUAUUAUUAAAUCGAAUAUGUGUAAUCGAAUCGUGAGCAACGUUAUAAGGGUAUAAAAUCUAAAAAAAGGAAACACAACACACAAAUUGAGACACUUUAGUUCAAACUAAUUGUAGUGUUAAACACUACAGAAGUAAGAAUAUCUUUUAAUGUAUUAGUUUUAUUUUGUUAUAGUUUCUCCUUUCCUAAACACACACACACACACAUGCAAGCUAAAGCGUACAGUAUGUACGAAAAGUGCACGCACCAGUUGUAUUUAUUGCAUUUUAUCAAGCACAGCAUUUUUCGGUUCUUUGCAUAGCACAACAACCAGGCAGAGAGGUUACGUUAGUUUUUAUAUAACGAUAUUUUUUUUAAUAUAUCCACAGCUAUAUAACUGUAUAUAGCGAAUGGUAAAAUGUUAUUAUUUGUUUAUAACAAUAAUUUUUGAGCUUAACUAAACGCUUUGGAAACGUGUGUGAGUUAUCUACAGACAUGCAUAUAUAACAUACUAUAUAUUGUGUAUGUACGUUUGGAUUUUUAAGCACUGUAUGCAUAAACAAACAAACAAAUUAUUUGAUGCACAUCAUAAAAAUUCUACUAAAUGUUUACUUAGUUUUUAAAGCAAAGCAAUUUUUAGCAGCAUGAUGAUAUAAGUUUGAAUUGUUUACACCAAAAAUAUUAAAAUAAACAACAAAUUGUGUAUAUUUUUAAAAAACUGUAUGCGUUGACAACUAAAAAUACACACAAGGCGAACAAAACUCAUAAAUCAUGCAAAGGCAACAACAACAACAACAAAUUACAAUAAUUAAAUUUACAUAAAAACAAACUUGUUAAGCAUACAACAAAUUUAAAAACAAAAUACAAUGAAAUGCUUGUUAAAGCAAUAAUUAUUUGAGCAAAUGUUAAAACAAAACGACGCAUACUUUUGAGUGGCACUGUGUGCCCCACUGCUGACGUCAGCGACGCGGCAGCUAAAGUUACAAGACGGCAACAUAAGAUACAAAAAACAAAAAAAAAAGAAAACAUAAUAAAUAAAUAACACACACACAAA